UAUUUUUGUACAUUAUAUAAACUAUAAAGUAAAAAUUUAUCGUUAAAACUUAAAAGCUGUAACCAUUAACAAAAAAAUAACAUAGAUUUUGUCUAAGUUAUUUUGUUAAACUUUUAUAUUUGAAUAUUUUUAUUGUUCCUUAAACAUUCGUAUUUAAGUAACUAACUCGUUGCCUGUUGAUGCUGCAAGCCUUAAUCACAAAAAUAGAUUGAAUAUUGUAAUUCAACAUUUGGGUAACCUAUCCAUAUACCAUAUGGGACAUAUGUAUGAAAUUGAUCAUAACUUAAGCUUUAUUAUUAAGAGUAUUUAAAUAUGGAUAUCUGUAAGUCUGAGUGAAUUUUGUAGCUCAGCCACAUAGUACUUUUUUUAACUACGUAUUUUGUACUGAGUGUUAAAUUUUUACCUUCAUUGUUGCUGUAAAAUAUUUUCUAAAAUGCAACUUUUUGGUUUAAGUUAUAGUAAGGUAAAAUUUAUGCGAAAUUCAUUGGUUCGCAUUCCGUUUGCUCGAUAUUAUAGUCAUACUGAUAAUAUUGUUCUUGGCAUAGAAACAUCAUGUGAUGAUACUGGAUGUGCAAUUAUCAACAAUAAUGGAUGUAUACUAGGAGAAACUUUACUUUCACAAAAUGUUACUCAUCUCAGAUAUGGUGGUGUCAAUCCAUUAAUUGCUAGAGAUUUACAUCGCGACAAUAUAGAAUUAGCAGUAAAAGGGACACUAAAUAAAGCUCAACUUAGUAUGAAAGAUAUUGAUGCAAUAGCAGUGACAGUAAAGCCAGGAUUGUUAUUCAGUCUACAAAUAGGUGUAAAAUUUGCUAUGCACUUGUCCAAGAUCCAUAACAAACCAAUAAUACCUAUACAUCACAUGGAAGCACAUGCAUUGGCUGCUCGAAUAUGCCACAAUAUAGAUUUUCCAUUUCUAGCAUUAUUGAUAUCAGGUGGACAUUGCUUAUUAACUUUAGUGAGGGGUGUGGAUGAUUUUCUCUUGCUUGGUGAAACCCUCGACAAUGCACCUGGUGAAGUAUUAGAUAAAGUGGCAAGGAGAAUGAAAUUAAGAAAUAUACCUGAAUACUCUCAAGUGUCUGGUGGUAGAGCUGUAGAAUUAGCUGCUCAAAAAUCAAUCAAUAGAGAUUUAUUUGAAUUUCCAGUGCCUCUAAAUAAAAUUCGAGACUGUAAUUUUAGUUUCAGCGGAUUGAAGGAAGCUUUCUUACGGCACUUAUUUAACAAAGAAUCAGAGCAUUACAUUCAAGGUGAUGAGAUCAUACCAGAAGUCAAUGAUUUAUGUGCUGGGUUUCAAAUGGCAAUUGCUAAGCAUUUGGUACACAGAACAGAAAGAGCUGUGCAAUUCUGUGAAAAGAAUAAUUAUCUACCUAAAACAACCAAAAGCAUUGUUGUAUCUGGUGGUGUUGCUUGUAACAAUUUCUUUUUUGAAUGUUUACAAUCAUUGCAGAGUAUAGGCUGUAAUGUUUUUCGCCCACCCCAUACGUUGUGCACAGACAAUGGUAUUAUGAUAGCUUGGAAUGGCAUAGAAAAGCUAAAAACGGGCUAUAUUCAUACCAGUUUUGACCUUAAUGAAGUCGACCCUGUUGCACCUUUAGGUAUUGAUAUCAAGGAUAAAGUUAUAGAUGCUAAUAUUCAUGUAAAAUCAACAAGAUUAAAGAAUUUUUUGUAAA